UAUUUUUUUUUAAAAGUAUCAUUUCCGAAUCUCUUCAGUCAAUCAGUUAAAAGACCUAAGCAAUUUAUUACUACGAGCUACUUCUAUUUUGUAAUUUCGUAUGUAUUUCAAGUAUCCCGGUGAAAGCGUUGUGUGUGCGAACAUUUAUGGGAACAUUUUCUCCCUAUCGCUUGAUAUAUGCGAGUUUAGAUAACAGGAUGAAUCGUCAUGAGAAUAUUGUGUGCAAGGGCUGCAGUAAGGUGGACUUCACGGGUCGCUGUUAUCGUUGCCUCAGUUGCCAGGACUUCAAUAUGUGUGCCGAGUGCUAUGACAAUGAUUUUACAACAGCUCAGCAUCCAUUCGAUCAUCCGGUCAAGUGUGUCUUUACGCCGGCCGACGUCGAGCUCUAUUUUGGCGGCGAAUAUCUUAACGACCCACCGCAGAGCUAUCGAUGUCCAUACUGCAAGCAGUGGGGCUACAAUGAGUCCACAUUUCUGGAGCAUGUGUCCGCUGAGCAUGUGGGCGCCAGCACAUUGCUGGUCUCCACCAUGGUCACACUCUUCGAGCAGCAGCAGGCGGUUCGUUUGUUUCUCGAGGACGAACAACUGGCAGUGUUCGCUUCGGCCGCAACGUCACGCAAUGAGCUCAUGAAUCGUAACGAGGGCUCGCUGGAGCUAUUUUUGGAGCCACUCAAUCCCAAUGGCAGUUAUCAGCGAGAGCAUCCGACCUCUCCGCUAACAUUUCGCGUUGCCAAACCCGGCGCCGUCGAGGUUGCGCCCUGGGUAGCCGAAGGUGGUGCCUUGACGGCGUCGAACAGUAACCACAACGUAGACAAUAACUUUCUAAUACCGGAUCCAGUACGUCGUCAAUCCCUAUUAGAUCGUGCCCGCCAUCGUCUCAACUUUGAUAGGCCUCCGUUGCCAGUGCAACAGCAGCAGCAGCAGCAGCAGCAGCAACAACAGCAGCAGCAACAACAGCAGCAGCAGCAACAACAACAGCACCAGCAUCAGCACCAUCAGCACCAGCAGCUUGGCAGCGGUCAUCCCACGCUCUCGGAGAUGAUGAGAUUCAACGAGCCGCUGCCCACCAGUCGUUCCAAUCGUCCGGGCAACUUUCGUGUGGUGGCCAAUCAGUCGCCCAAUCAAUCGAGCAGCGGUCGCAGCAUAAAUCUCUUUGGACCCAAUGCAGCGGCCGAGAAUAUGCGACGUGCCUUCUAUCCGCCCGGCGAGAUCAGCAGGACGCGUGCCCAGCGGCAUCGAGGGCCACGCAUGCAAAUGGAGGGAUUCCCAGCGAGCGGUGUGAGGCAAGUGCAUGUCCAGCGUUUGCGAGGCGGCCCAGGCCCUGGCCCAGCGACUGGGCCCAGUCCUGGCCAGCGUCUGGUCGAGUUCAGUGAGCUGGCGCAUGGCGCCAACGAGCUGCUGGGCCAGAAUGUCGCCUCCGGUGCGGUUAUGUUGCGUACCAUCGAGGAGGAGGAGCAGCAGCAACAGCAACAGCCCACAUCCGAGUCGAAACAGUUGGAACAGGAGCGUGAACGUUACCUUUGCUACCCAUUCCUAUCUUCCUCAUCCAGUGCGCCAUGUCCGCCCGAGGAGCAAAUCACAUUUUUGGCCCAGCGGGCCGAAUUUGUGGCCCAACUGUUGGCCUCGGUGCUGUGCGAGGAGGAACUGAGCGGCGGCAUGGGCGCCAUGGCGCCAGCCAACGAUUCGACGGAUGUGACCAACUUAAUCAAGCGAUCGAAUAGCGAAUUUGUGGGAGCUGGCGACUCCAAGCUGGAUCUAAAGCACACCACACCAUGCUAAAGCAAAUGGACACUCGUCAAGUUCAGAUUCGUUUUGGUUAACUGGGGCAAAUGCAGCAGCAGCAGCCGAAACUUUCGUUGAUUCUUUAACAAUAUAAUAGGCACAAAAAUUUUUGUAAAUUCCAAUUCCGAUUUUGGAAAGGCCAGAAAAAUCUAUAUCUAUUUUCUUUUUGAGCAUGCGGCCCCUGGGCCCAAACUUCUAAAAUUACCAAUUGUCGUAAAAGUGAUUUGCGUCUUACAAUUUAGACUUUCAGUCAAGUAAUACUAGGGUCCGUUUUACGUAAUCAUCAAGCAAGCAUAUAAAGACGCUGAAUAAUCAAUGUGAGUGUACACCAGAUAUUCAAUACUAAAUCGAUAAGUUAUCGAUAAAUUAUUGUAACACAGCACCAGUUUUAAAAAUAAAAACCUA